GAGUUCAGAUUACACGAGAGAGAUCCGUUAAAAUGAAGCAAAAGCGAAAAAACAGAGGGCAGGGCCUUCUUCAUCAACGGUAUUUGGGAAGAAAGAGCUAAUCAUUUUGUUCUUGGGGACAAUAACCUUCAUUUUUCUUUAUCUCUCUAUUAUUUUGGUUUCCUUUUAAAAAAAUUUGGGAUUAAAUUGAUGAUGAGUGAUACUAUGAAAGUAAUGAGAGAAAAUUAAAAGCUUCUUUUUCUCUCUUUGAGUGAAAAAAGAAAAAGAAAAAAAAAAAGAAAACCCAUAGACAAAGAAGUUGCCAAUGCGUUUUGAUUACCUUGCUUUUUGAGCUUUCAAAGCCAUGGCCGACGAUCUCUGUUUCUUCAUUAAGGAUUCUUUCAUCCUAAAGGCGCCAAAGAAGUCUCCACUGUUGUUGAGGAUGGUUGUAUUGUUGGUUGUAAUGGUUUGUGGUGUGUAUAUAUGCUCGAUUUGUCUGAAGCAGAUAAGCACUGGCAGCACCACUGAGUUUUUGAAUAUUGGGGUGAUUCAAAAGCCGUGUCCUGAACCUAAUAUUCAGCCAUGGGAAAUUUCUUACGUACACUAUCCAAACCCCAAAACUUAUAGCAGGGCUGAAUGUGCAUGCCAUCCUGUCCGGUAUUUUGCCAUAAUGUCAAUGCAGAGAUCUGGGAGUGGAUGGUUUGAGACGUUAUUGAACAAUCAUACUAACAUAAGCUCAAAUGGGGAGAUAUUUUCUGUCAAAGUUAGGAGGAGUAAUGUGUCUUCGAUUUUUGAGACUCUGGACAAAGUUUAUAAUUUAGACUGGUUGAGUAGUGCCUCAAAAAAUGAGUGCACCGCUGCAGUUGGCUUGAAGUGGAUGCUUAAUCAGGGCUUGAUGCAGCAUCAUAAAGAAAUAGUGGAAUACUUUAAUACUCGGGGUGUUUCAGCCAUUUUUCUCUUUAGAAGGAAUCUGUUGCGCAGGAUGAUUUCAAUACUAGCAAAUUCUUAUGAUCGGGAUGCUAAGCUAUUAAAUGGAACCCACAAGUCUCAUGUUCAUUCACCUCAUGAGGCUGAGAUACUUGCUAGGUACAAGCCUGCAGUCAAUGCAACCUUGCUUGUUCCAAAUCUAAGGCAGGUGGAAGAGACAACUAAAAAGGCUUUGGAGUACUUCAAAAGCACCCGGCACAUCAUUCUUUACUAUGAGGAUGUAGUAAAGAACCGUACUAAAUUAGUAGAGGUUCAAGAAUUCCUAAAGGUUCCAAGGAUGGAGUUAAGGAGUCGUCAGGUAAAGAUACACAAGGGAUCAUUGUCCAAUCACAUUCAGAAUUGGGAUGAUGUACAAAAGGCAAUCAAAGGAACGCAGUAUGAAAAUUACCUUUAUGGAGAUUACAGGAAGUGAAGCACUGGCCUGAUGUACAUUCUACUAUUGACCCUUUUUCUCCUUAUUUUCUGUUUGUAUCAUUGCAAGAGCCAACAGAGAACCUGUCAAGCUACCCUGUUGGAAUUUUGGCUACAGCAUGCUCAUUUUGCUUUCAACUUCUUAGAAACCUGAUUUUUUCCCCCUUAAACCUCACAACUAGUAUUCUAUUCAUUCUUUUUCCCCCUCUUGUUUUUCUCUCGCUUUACCUUAACAGAGAAACUCUGCUGUAUUUAUGACAAUCAAAGGAGAAAAUUGCCUUUUUGCGAUGUA